UUUCUCAAGCCAAGUAUAACGAAGUUGGUCUCCAAUCUAGUAGGUGGCGGCAAUUGAACAUUUAUUGGAUGCCAACCGCCGUUGUCGCAUUGAAGAAGAAGAUUUAUAGGUUUCACUUACUUCCGGGUGUCAGCUGUGCGUACAUUUUUUUGCAAUGAGUUUUGAGUGGCCUUGGCAGUAUAAUUUCCCUCCGUUUUUUACGUUACAACCCAAUGUUGACACCAGACAGAAACAGCUUGCAGCAUGGUGCUCCCUUGCUCUCUCCUACUGCCGCCAUCACAAGCUCUACACUUUGGACAUCAUGGAAGUCCAAGAGUGCCCUGUGUUCAACCACAAGAAUAUUGAUAGAAAACUAUCAACGGAGGCCAUACUAAUUGUUUUUGAGGAAUUGAGGAAAAAAGGGAACCUGGAAUGGUUAGACAAGAACAAGACACAGUGUCUAGUCAUGUGGAGGAGGCCAGAGGAAUGGGGCAAACUAAUUUACCAGUGGGUCUCUAAAAACGGUAUGGUCAAUACGGUGUUUACACUCUACGAGCUCGCCAACGGUGACGACACAGAAAGCGAAGGUAUUCAGACCCUUUCCAGAAGGACAACCGUCUCUGCAGCACUCCACCAAUCAGGCCUUUAUGGUAGAGUGGCCAGACAGAAGCCGCCACUCAGUAAAAUGCACAUAGCACGCUUGGAGUUUGCCAAAAGGCACCUAAAGGACUCUGACCAUGAGAAACAAUAUUCUUUGGUCUGUUGAAACCAAGAUUGAACUCUUUGGCCUGAUUGCCAAAGUGUCACGUCUGGAGGAAACCUGGCACCAUCCCUAUGGUGAAGCAUGGUGGAGGCAACAUCAUGCUGUGGGCAUGUUUUUCAGCGGCAGGGACUGGGAGACAAGUCAGGAUCGAGGGAAUGAUGAACGGUUAGAUCCUUGAUGAAAACCUGCUGCAGAGUGCUCAGGACCUCAGACUUGGGCGAAUGUUCACCUUCCAACAGGACAACAACCCUAAGCACACAGCCAAGACAACUCAGGAGUGGCUUCGGGACAAGUCUCGCCCAAUACGGAAGUGGUCAGAAGACACGGAUGCUACACUACAGGACUGCUAGCACAGACUGGUAUAUGUUCCGGGUUUCAUCCAAUGUCGUUGAGGAGUGUACCACCUCAGUCAUUGGCUUCAUCAAAAAGUGCAUCGACGACGUCGUCCCCACAGUGACCGUACGUACAUAUCCCAACCAGAAGCCAUGGAUAACAGGCAACAUGCGCAUCGAACUAAACGCUAGAGCUGCCGCUUUCAAGGAGCGGGACACUAAUCCGGAUGCUAAGAAAUCCGGCUAUGCCCUCAUACGAACCAUCAAACAAGCAAAGUGUCAAAACAGUAAUAAGAUUGAAUCCUACUACACUGGCUCUGACACUCGUCGGAUGUGGCAAGGAUUGAAAAAUAUUACGGACUACAAAGUGAAACCCAGAGGCGAGCUGCCCAGUCACUCGAGCCUAGCAGACGAGCUAAAUACCUUUUAUGUUUGCUUCAAGGCAGGCAACACUGAAGCAUGCACGAGAGCACCAGCUAUUCUGAAUGACUGUGUGAUAACGCUCUCAGUAGCCGAUGUGAGCAAAACCUUUGAACAGGACAGGUCAACAUUCACAAAGUCGUGGGGCCAGAUGGAUUACCAGGAUGCCUACUCGAAGCAUGCGCGGACCAACUGGCAAGUGUGUUCACUGACAUUUUCGACCUGUCCCUGACCGAGUCUGUAAUACCUACAUGUUUCAGGCAGACCACCAUGGUCCCUGUGCCCAAGGAAGCGGACCACCAUGGUCCCUGUGCCCAAGGAAGCGAAGGUAACCCGCCUAAAUGAUUACCGCCCCAUAGCAUUCACGUCGGGAGCCAUGAAGUGCUUUGAAAGGCUGGUCAUGGCUCACAUCAACAGCAUCCUCCUGGGUACUCGAGACCCACUCCAAUUCGCACACCGCCCUAACAGAUCCACAGAUGACGCGAUCUCAAUCGCACUCCACACUGCCCUUUCCCACCUGGACAAAAGGAACACCUAUGUGAGAAUGAUGUUCAUUGACUACAGCUUAGCGUUCAACACCACAGUGCCCACGAAGCUCAUCACUAAGCUAAGGACCCGGGGACUAAACACCUCCCUCUGCAACUGGAUCCUGGACUUCCUGACGGGCUGCCCCAGGUGGUAAGGGUAGGCAACAACACGUCUGCCACACUGAUCCUCAACACUGGGGCCCCUCAGGGGUGUGUACUUAGUCCCCUCCUGUACGCCCUGUUCACCCACGACUGCGUGGGCAAACACGACUCCAACACCAUCAAGUUUGCUGAUGACACAACAGUGGUAGGCCUGAUCACCGGCAACGAUGAGACAGCCUAUAGGGAGGCGGUCAGAGACAACAACCUCUCCCUCAAUUUGAGCAAAACAAAGGAGCUGAUCAUGGACUACAGGAAAUUGAGGGCCAAACUGUCCCCCAUUAACAUCGACGAGGCUGUAGUGGAGUGGGUCAAUAGUUUCAAGUUCCUUGGUGUCCACAUCACCAACGAUCUGUCAUGGUCCAAACACACCAAGACCAUCGCAAAGAGGGCACAACAAAAACCUUUUCCCACUCAGGAGACUAAAAAGAAAAGAAAAGUUCUACAGCUGCACCAUCGAGAGCAUCCUGAAUGCUUGCAUCACCGCCUGGUAUGGCAACUGCUCGGCAUCUGACAGUAAGGCGCUACAGAGGGUAGUGCGUACGGCCCAGUACGUCACUGGGGCCAAGAUUCCUGCCAUUCAGGACAUAUAUAAUAGGCGUUGUCAGAGGAAAGCCCAUAAAAUUGUCUGAGACUCCAGUCACCCAGGUUAUGGACUGUUUUCUCUGCUACCACACGACAAGCAGUACCGGAGCGCCAAGUCUAGGACCAAAAUGCCAAAACAGCUUCUACCCCCAAGCCAUUCGACUGCUGAACAAUGAAUCAAAUGGCUACCGGUCUAUUACAUUGACCCCCCUCCAUUUGUUUUGUACACUGCUUCUACUCGCUGUUUAUUAUCUAUGCAUAGUCACUUCACCCCUACCUACAUGUACAAAUGACCUCUAACCUGUACCCCUGCACACCGACUCGGUACCGGUGCCCCUGUAUAUGGCCUUGUUAUUGUGUUACUUUUUAUUAUUUUUUACUUUAGUUUAUUUGGUAACUGCACUGUUGGUUAAGGGCUUGCAAGUAAGCGUUUCACUGUAAGGUCCUCACUUGUUGUAUUCGGCGCAUGUGACAAAUAAAGUUUGAUUUGAACGUC